AUGCGCCUUAAAAGUCCCGCCUACUCGGUUCGUAAUAACCCUCGGGAUGCGGCAGGUGGCGCCGGUGGCGGUGUUGCGGGGGGUCGGCGCGCGUCGGAGCGCGACCUGCCCUCGCGCCUAGCGGCCGAGCCCGUCAAACCCAGCAAGAGCACGCCGGCGCUGCAUCAGCCUCCCGGCCCGCCGCCGCCGCAGAGUCCGCCGACUCCGCUGAGUCCCGGCGUCCGGGCGACGGCGAGCAAGUCCCGUAGCAGCCACAACCUGUCCUCGCCGCCCGUCGACUCCUUCUACCAAAACCUCGCCUCCGUCCACGACAGACGAGACAGGUGGUCUUCCCUUCGCUCGUCCGGCGGAGGCAGGCCCCAGUCGGCUCACUUCGACGAGCAUCACGCGGAUCUCGACCGACAUCAGGUGAACCAGGCGAACGCGCGAGCGGCGAAGUUGGCAGAAAUGUCCGAAGAGGUGACGAGACGACAGCAACUUCAAUAUCAGCACAUGCAGCAACACUUGCAACAACAGCAGCAGCAUUCUCAACAACAGCAGCAGCAUUCUCAACAACAGAUGUUCCACAAGCCGGCGACGCCGCAGAUGUACGCGCCCGCGGCGUACGACGCCUCUUCGCAGCCGACGAGCCAGCCCGGCCCUCAACCCGCGUCGCACAACGUUCCGAGCCCCGGCCCGCAGAGUCGGCAAGGCUCGAUGCACGGCUUGCACAACAUUCAGGGCUCACAAGCGUUCAAUUCCCAAAACCAGCAGCCCACCCCGCAGCUUUACAGUCCGUACGGGCAGCCGCAGCGGUACGAGUGGGUCCAGGCGGGGCCGCCGUCGCCCCAGCGGGCGCAGCCCCCGGUGGCGCCCAAGCCGCCGGGCCCCCGGAGGCCGGAGCUCGAACCCGGCGAGCUCGGCCAGCUCUCGCACGGCACUCCCGCCCGCGUCCGUCCCGACGAAGGCGAACUCGACGCCGGCCGCGAGACCGUCGGUCAUAUUAAUCGUGCGGCGGUCACGGAGCAGCACGCGGCGAGCGCCCAGGAGUCGGCGUCGGCUUACGCGACGCACAACCCGUGGCAGCGGGAGGAGCGCGAGCGCCAGGCCGAGGCCAGGCGGGCGGCCGCCCGCGCCCGCAGGGACCACACCGUCGCGCAGCUGUUGGCGCUGGGCGCGGCGCGCACCGCGGCGCAGAGCCAGCAGCUGCGAGCUCUGCAGCUCGAGAGGGACUUCGAGCGCCGCGCGACGCAACACCAGACGGAUGAAGGCGGAAACGGCGAAGGCAGCCCCGAAGACGAAUCGCCACCCUCGGAGACCCCGGCCGAGCGGGAUUCGAGGCUUCACGGCCAGCACCCGCAGCCUCCCGCGCCCAAGUCCAUUCUGAAGAGCAACACGAGAGCGGAGACGGUCAACGGCUUCCAAACGCACGCGGUACGCACGAGCCUUCGCGCCUUCGCUUCGUCCCGACCGAAUCCAUCAUUACAAUUUCAAUUCCAGAGCCCGAGCGAAGACAGCCGGAUGAGCGAGCUGUCCUUGAACGUGUCCGGCAUGUCGGUGUCCGCGGUGAGCGCGGCGUCCGUCGAGCCCGUCGCGCCCGUCGCGCCCGUCGCCCCGACGCCCCCCGAGCGCGGCUCGUCCUUCGCCGUGAUGGCCACCAGGCGCCCGCUGUCGCCGCAGUCCCCGGCGGGCCCCGGUCGGGACAAGCGCGUGUCUUUCCACGAGCGAGCCUCGGAGCCGCCUCCGGCCCCGCCCGCCUCGUCGCCUCCCCCCUUGGACGUCCCCGCCGCACCCAGAGAGGACCCCGACCGGUUCCUGGAGGAGGCCGAGAGCAUGCUGGACGAGGUCGGAGGCGGAGCGGAGCACGCCUCGCCGUCGGCCGCGCACACGCCGGGUGUCAUCGGCGCCCAGGAGGUGUACAGAGACCCUCGGACGCGUCGCCUGGCGGAGCAGCGAGCGAGGGCGGCGCCGGCGCCGGUCCCGGAGCAUCUGUCCUUCAAGGAGAAGAUGAAGAUGUUCGCUCUCGAGUCCGGCGAGGCCUCCACGCCCAAGGACAAGGUGAAGAUCUCUCGGGCCCAGCGUGACAUCGACGCGGUGCACUAG